AUGCGCCCCAUUAACGCCCUCGGGCUUGCCUUGCUUCCCAUUGCAGCUGCCAGGAAACACUCAUCAUGCGAUUGCGGGACCGAAACUCUCCGUGGAAAACAUUACGAAUACGACUGGUUGCUCACAUACAAUGUUUGCGUUUACAGCUACCCCAGAUCGGCGGAAUAUGACUUUCAAACAGGCCGCUGCGAGGCCGUCGAUCUCAUGUCAGGUGACCGAUUUCACGGAGAUUGCGAAUACUUUGGGAAGAAUGGGUACUUUCCUGUGUCGCCGUCUGACAACAUAACCCUCGACGAGAAUCUACCACGCCUAUACCACAUUCACAAAGACAGGAAGGUUGGCUCCAGAUGCCGCUAA